AUGGCAAUUGCACUGGCGGAGGCAGACAAGUAUGAGAUUCUGGAGAAGAUCGGUUGCGGCUCCUUCGGUAUUAUUCGCAAAGUUAAAAGGAAGCAGGAUGGCUUCAUACUCUGUCGCAAAGAAAUCAACUACAUCAAGAUGUCUCAGAAGGAGCGGGAGCAGUUGACUGCGGAGUUCAAUAUCCUGAGCUCUCUCCGACACCCGAAUAUUGUGGCCUACUACCACCGCGAGCACCUCAAGGCAAGCCAAGAUUUAUACUUAUACAUGGAAUACUGUGGUGGCGGUGAUCUCAGCAUGGUCAUUAAGAACCUCAAGAAGACAAACAAAUAUGCUGAAGAGGAGUUUGUUUGGCGUAUCUUGUCGCAGCUGGUGACGGCGCUUUACCGUUGCCAUUAUGGGGCCGAUCCAGCCGAGGUGGGAUCAAAUAUACUGGGACCAGCUCCGAAACAAUCAGGUCUCAAGGGCAAGCAAGCCCAGAUGACAAUUUUGCACCGUGACCUCAAGCCGGAGAAUAUAUUUCUUGGAAGCGACAACACGGUCAAGCUAGGUGACUUCGGCCUCUCUAAGGUGAUGCACUCCCACGACUUUGCUUCGACGUACGUCGGCACUCCGUUCUACAUGUCACCUGAGAUAUGUGCUGCGGAGAAAUACACGUUCCGCUCUGAUAUUUGGGCCGUCGGCUGUAUCAUGUACGAGCUUUGCCAGAGGGAGCCCCCUUUCAAUGCCAGAACCCAUAUCCAACUCAUCCAGAAAAUCCGCGAGGGGAAAUUUGCUUCUUUGCCCGAUUUCUACUCCCCAGAACUAAAAAAUGUCAUCGCUAGCUGUCUGCGUGUUAACCCUGACCAUCGCCCUGACACGGCCACUUUGAUCAACCUCCCCAUUAUCCGCCUGAUGCGCAAAGAGAAGGAAGUUGCCGACCUUGGCAAGGUCCUUCGAAAGCGUGAGGAGUCGGCCUUCCAGAAGUCUAAGGACGUGGAGCAAGCGCUUUCCAAACUCGAAAAAGAGAAACAGCAGAUGAAGACUGAGCUCGAAAAUACCAUACGUCGAGAAUGGGAAGUUAAGGCACGUUUGGAGAUUGACCGCCAGGUGCAAAAUGAGCUCGAGAAGCUUCGGAAGAGGUUCGAGUUUGAGGUCCAGGAAAGAGUGGCCUUGGAAGUUGAGAAACUCAAGCGGAAUGGCAUCUUCAGAGACGAACCCGCCUUCCGGUCAAGUCGGUCAAGCCAUCGAGGCUCCCAGUCCUCUAUCUGUAACAGCGAUGACACGGAUUUCCCCUCAACCACGGAUAUCAGCCAGUUGUCUAUAGAAUCGCCAUUGGCUAACAAGCCACCAAAAAAGGAAACACGUACGCCUUUCAAUCGUUCUAAAACUAUAGUGGAAUCGCCUGUUGAUGUGCAGAUGGCCGAGCCAUCCCCGAUGUCUAUUGCAUCGCUUUCGUUGUCCCCUCGUCGCACUUCGGCAACAUCCACCGGAAAGAACAUCUUUGCGGAAGCCGAGCGACACCGAGCCAAAUGGGAGCCCACGCUGGCAUACUCCGAUGAUGAAGAUGAUACUCCGGACCUACCCUCGCCAACGCGGCCUAAAGUCAAACCCGAUCCUUUCAAGGCUCCGGCCCGGCCUCUCCUUCGUCAAAACACUGCUGCGAUGAUGCAGAAGCUGAGCACCCAGCCAACUCUUUUCCCCCCAAAUCCAUCCAGAUUGCCCCAGAUAUCGGGUCAAUCCGACGGUCGUCAGGGAGAGCAAAAAUCAAAAUCGCCACACAGACGCCUGUCGAAGAUUCAGUCAUCGGCGAAUCUGGCUGCUGAUGCUGGAUCGCCAACCCGCAAGUCGAACACGAAGCAGCCCCCUUCCAAGGCCAACGGCGGUGGUGAGGAGAUGUUCAAAGCCGUGAUGCAGCGCAACAUGGGUGGUAGAACCCUGGUCGAGCUGGCCCAAGCACGGGCUGGUGGCCGGCCUAUUGAUGAAUUCAAGCGAUGUGCUAGUGACCCCCGUGCUACCUCAGGCAUGAAGUCAACCGAGGUUGAUCCCCCUGCUGUGUGGGAUCCCGAGAAGGAUGACAUGCCUAGUCCUUUCCUGGCUCGAGGGAGAAAGGUUAUCCGCAACUUGAGGUGA